AUGGGAAUUCCAGCUAAUUUGCGCUGUCCGUUCAGAGUCUUAGAAAAUGAUCCUCGUCGAACUGGUCACUAUCAACCGCCUAAGCCACAAUUUGAAGUGUUCCACCCAAACGGCUUAAUUGUGUGGAUAAACGCUGAUCCAGGAAUAAGCUCGUUUACUUUCCAUGGGAAACUUAAUCAACAAUUUUCACAGUUCUACGAUGUAGGUCGCUGGGCACAGACAAUUACUAAGGUCAGGAACGGCCGCUACUUGUUUAUCGAUCGCGAAGCAAAAGUCGUUCCUGGGGAUAUAAUAUAUUAUCGCACAGUGAUUGUUCGGAAUGGUCAAACAUAUCGAACAAAUGCGGGAUCUUUUACAGUGCGAGAACUCCGCCCGGCAUCCACCACACCGUUACCGGGUUCCAGCAUUGUGGUACGAGCUGGUACAUCUGAGACGUUUCCAUAUGUUUUAAAAACCAAUGAACGGCGAACUAAGGAUGUGAGAUCAACAGCAACACAAACAGAUGACAUACAUUUAACCGAUAAUAAAGGUUGCAUCAAAGCAGCGUCGAUCGUUCAAGGAAGAAAAAUUUGCUCGGGCGAGUUAUUGUUUGAGGAAAACUUCAACGGACCUACAUUAGACCUACGAAAGUGGCGAAUUGAAAAUCGCUUUGCAUCAGAUCCCGAUAAUGAGUUUGUAGUUUACGCUGAUUUCAACGAAAACGUGCAAAUCAAAAAUGGCCAACUAGUCAUUCGUCCAACAUUGUUUGAGGAGAAAUUCGGUCCUGGAUCAACGAACAAGCAAUUUAGAUUUGCAGAAGAAUGUACUGGUGAUCGCAGCUCACGUGACUGUAUUCGCGAUUCCCAAAUUGAUUUCGAUAUGAUUCCUCCAGUUUUGACGGCGCAAAUUACAACCAUCAAUAGUUUCCGUUUUGCAUUUGGAAAAGUUGUGAUAAGAGCCAAACUUCCACAAGGCAAUUGGAUUUUUCCACAACUGUAUUUGAUUCCUGCAACUGACUACUAUGGACGGGAUGGAUACGCUUCGGGGUUGAUGCGUGUGGCCUUCGUACCCGGCGGCCCCAGGUUUAAGAACCAACUAUCUGGUGGAUUGAUUUUAAGUGAAAGUGAACCGAUACGGUGUUCUAAAAUGUGCACACUUCAGAGAAAUUUACAGUGGAACAACGAUUUUCACGAGUAUGGACUCAAAUGGACACCCGAAGGAAUAUGGAUGGAAGUAGAUGGAGAGGUAUACUGUACUAUCGAACCUGGGGAUGGGUUGUACCAGAGCAUACAGGCAUCAAAAUUUCAACUCUCUAAUUUGUGGCGAUUGAGUGGUAACCCGAUGGCUCCAUUCGAUAAAGAUUUCUAUUUAGGCCUGGGAGUAGCAGUAGGGGGUCAUUAUGAUUUCCAGCAGUUUGAUGCAAAGCCGUGGAAGGAUCUGGGUGUAAAGGCGAUGUACACGUUUUGGAAUGCGAGGAAUAACUGGUACUCCACGUGGAACGGAAACAGUACUUUAUUGGUAGAUUACGUUCGAGUUUUUGCCGUUUAA